GCACAGUGCAGCCUGCGUCGCCUAGUCGGAACCGCGUACACAUUGCACCCUUGUCGGGUGGAUUUGGCAGAGAUAAUGGGAAUUGAUAAUUUCUUAGCCUGUCAGGUUUUCUGUGGGUCGCAAUCGAUAAAGUCCGAUCGAUUCCUCUGUCGCAAAUGAAAAUCACCUCAGAUUUUCAUCUCGUUGACCGCAGUGGUUUUUGACUUGCGACAUCUCAAGAUGGCGACUGAUGAGAAUACGCCGCUGUUGAACAACGGCCAUGCGAGGCAGCACGAGAGUUCGGCCCCCAAUGGCAAUGGUACCGUCCAUAUCGACAACAAAGCGACGAAGCCAUGGUGGUUCGCGACGCCAGAGCUGAGGCUUCUGGCCUCUGGAAUUCUCAUUUCCAUGUCCUUCAGCUACACCCAGGUCCCGAUCAUGUACGCAUUCCGCCAGAUGGUUUGCGACGACUUCUACACCCAUGUGCCGGCCUAUGAGGGCGCUGGCGACCGCUGCAGUCGCAACGACAUCGACUCGGCCACCGCACUGCAGAUGACCAUCAUGGGCAUGUCGACGGUGUGCUGCGGCGUCCUGAACCUGAUUUUGACCGGAAGCUAUAUUAAGCGCUGGGGCCCUCGUCGUGCCUUGGUGCUGAGCACUUUCUUCCCCAUCCUCCGCGUUUCUAUGCAGAUAAUCGGCAUCGGCGUCGGUGGCCUCACCGGGGUCGUCAUCAUGCAGUCGUCGCAGGCGCUGAGCAUCGCCGGUGGGCCCGCGGGCUACAUCCUCAUCCUCAACACGGCCAUCGCCGAGGUGGUGGAGCCUGCUGCGCGGACGGGGGCUUUCGGAAAGCUCCAAGGCGUUGUCAUGUUUGGUGUGUCCCUGGGAUACCAAAUCGGUGGCAUUAUCGGCGAGAUAUCCAUCAUCCGCCGACCCUUCGAGCUCGCCGCCGUGAGUCUGACGCUUUCUUGUCUCUACGCCGCCUUCAUCGUCCCCUACAUCGACCCCAAAACGCUCGGCGGGUCGGACAAGAAAUCAGCGGGUUCGGCCGAGAAAUCCAAGUUCUUCCUCGCCGUCUUCGCGCCGCAGAGACUGCGGCUCGAAAAUGGGAAGGUCGUCAAGUAUUACGGCAUGCUGCUCCUGGCCGUGGGCAUCUUCACGUCCGUCCUAGCCACCGGCUAUGCGCCGGUGUUGAUCCAGAUGUACGCCAUGACUGCGCUGCACUUCACCCCCAAGGACACUAGCACCCUCGUGGCCGCCAACUCCCUUAUCCGAGGCGCCUUCUUGAUGUUCAUCUUCCCUCACGUCAUCACGUAUGGUCGAAAGUGGUUUUCUUCCAAGGACGCACCACAAGCAGAAGCCACGGUGGAGGCAGGCAUGCCUACGCACGCCGAGGACCUGGAUCCGAUUACCGGGGUUCAGUCAGAACUCGAGCCGACCAGGGCGCCUGCUCCCGUUUCGGAGGAUUCCGGGGCCGCAUUUGACCUGUUCUUCUUGCGCUGGAGUUUGUUGUUCGAUGCCAUCAUCACGGCGUGCAUUGCCUUUUGCACCGAGAGUUGGCAACUUUACCUAGCCGGGUUCCUUCUCCCCUUUGCCUCCGGAUCGGCACCAGCGAGUAAAGGAGUUCUCGCCGAGAUGUGUCCCGCGUCGCAGCGUCCCGAUGCCUUGCAAGCCAUGACGUUUGUGGAGUACGUGGGCGUCUUGGUCACGCUUGGGGUAUUUGGCUUCGUGUUUUCCAUUUUUUCCGACAUGGGGAAGGCAUACUUGACGUUUUACUGCAAUGCGGGUGUUGCGCUGAUCGCCAUUGCCAUUUUGCUCUUCUCGAGGUUACCGCCCAAGAAUAGCUCUGUGGAGAUCGAGGAAUCUGGUAAUACUGAGCGGUCGACGGAGGAUGUGGCUACGUCAUGAUCGGGGUGCGACGACGAUAUCGCCUUGUUCGACAUGACCCGAGGGUUUUGAGUGAUGAUUUGAUGUAUCUUGCGGGCGCUUCUAGACGAAUAUCAUAGAGUUUUAUGCAUAGUGUAGAAAUAUAGAAAUAUUCAACGGGCGUCAGUAGCCGUUCAG